UUGCUUUGUGCUCUGGUUCCGGAGGAUAUAAUCACUAGUGUGACUGUAAAACAGCGCAGACUGCAUUGUACUGAAGACGUUUAACGAAGAUUUACAACGGUAUCAUGAGUAAUAUCGCGAUGCUUUCAUCCGUUGUUUGUGUGUCUGUUGGAUAAAGAAAAUAUAUAAUUUUAGUGUGAAUGAAGCCAAGAGCAAGACGUUGCUGCGGAAAAGAGAAAAACUGUGUUUCUUUCGUCAGCAGAUGUGUCGUGUUCCGUUCGCAUGUAUGUUAUGAUUUUGAAGUAAUGUGAUGUUUGGCUCGAGCGGGAGAAUCGCUGUGGCGCUGAUUGUGGCGCUCGUCAGUGUGUUUAUAUUCUGUGAAUAUGUGAUUUAUUUUCCUGUUAUUUUGCGAUGCGCUUGGCCUCACAUCGAGACUGAUUCAGAUUCUGCUGUCCGUGCGUUAUUUCUAUCUGAUACUCAUUUACUAGGGGCCAUCAGAGGACACUGGCUCGACAAACUCAGAAGAGAGUGGCAGAUGGAAAGAGCAUUCCAGACAUCUCUAUGGCUUCUAAAACCUAAAGUUGUCUUCAUUUUAGGAGAUGUGUUUGAUGAGGGCAAGUGGAGCUCAGCUGAGGACUGGGAAGAUGACGUCAGGCGUUUUAAAUGGAUCUUUCGUCAUCCCAGGGACACUGAGCUUGUGGUUCUUAUCGGGAAUCAUGACAUCGGCUUCCAUUACGAAAUGACACAGCAGAAGUUGGAGCGGUUUGAGCGAGUGUUUAAUGUGACAUCAGCUCAGAUCCUCACCAUUAGUGGAGUCAAUUUCUUGAUGGUGAACAGUGUUGCAUUGCAUGGUGAUCACUGCCCCAUUUGUCAACGUGUGGAGAGUCAAUUACACAAACUCUCACACUCUCUUAACUGCUCCAUUCAGGGCGCACAACAUGAUGGCCAGUGCAAGAACGCAGAAAGUUUUGUCCCAACAGCACCUGUUCUACUACAGCAUUACCCAUUGUAUAGAGAGAGCGAUGCCAUGUGUACAGGUGUAGACGCAGCCCCUCUGAAUGAACGACAUCAGCUGUUUCAGGAGCGAUAUGAUGUAAUUUCUCAGGAUGCAUCCAAAAAACUCCUGUGGUGGUUCAAGCCCCGUCUCAUUCUGAGUGGCCACACCCACAGCGGCUGUGAGAUUCUGCAUGAGCAGCGAUACCUUGAGAUCAGUGUCCCAUCUUUCAGCUGGAGGAACCGCAACAACCCCAGCUUCAUCCUGGGCACGUUCUCCAGGUUUGACUUCAGCUUGUCGAAAUGUUUUCUGCCGGAGGAGAGGAGUGUACUGACACUGUACUGCUGCAGCACUCUGAUCAUCACACUGAUAACCCUCACACAGUUCCGUCUGUUCACAAGAGCACUGCAGCUGACAAAUAGCAUACUGGGAAAGCACAAGACUUUGUGACCACUGGUGUAGCUACGGGUGGGCUUGAGUGCCACUUAUUGGCUUUCAGGCCCACCCAAUCAUUGUCUCAUGACUCUGUUCCCCUAUCAACCAAUAGCUUACUGGCCUCAUAUGAACCGCUAACAUCAGAGUCUGUCUGGAGGGAUAAUGUAAACACCAAAGCUUUCAAAACAACAGCAGCUCAAAAAAUAAAACCAGAUUGCUCUCACAAAGCUACUGUAAAACACCCGAUGCAACAAUGAGACAUGCAUGCAGCUGCUUACAACAACUUUUUUUUUUACAGAUGUCAUAUAUUUUAAUUGAUUGCUAUUAUUUAAUUUGUUUAUAUUUAAAAAUCUUCUGACCUGUUCAUCAAAACCAGAUCGAGUUGACAUUAGUUACUGAAUAUAGGCUACUUUGAUGCAGUCUUUGAGAGCAUAUUAACAUCCAGCAAACGCUUGUGAUGGCAUUCGCUGAAAUGCUGAAAUAGGAGUUUUAUCAUGCAAAAAAAAAAAAAAAAAAAAAUCUAUGUUUUCAAAACUCCUAAAACUCCAGCUUCAUAAUUUUCCUCGUUCGUCUAAAAUAAAAUUUGUCCAAAUAACAUAUGCAUGACUUUAUUGCUGUGAAUUUUAUUUGUCGCUUUGCAGCACUUCCCUGCUUUAACAAGUGUACAGUUGUGACGCAGUGACAUAAGAUAUUAAAAACAACUGGCAGUAAACCAUAGCAGAGACAUAGGGACAAUACCCAAGCCAUUUCCAUCAUUUUCAUCCAUCCAAAGAUACCAGCAAAUUGUGCUGGAAAAAAAGAUGACCAAAUGGUUCAUUGUGUUUAAAAUAUCCAUUCUGAUUUCAAAUUUAAAGAAAUGUCUACAGUAAAUCCCCUGAAUCCUACUAUUGGCCUAAUAAUCAGUAUCUGUUCCAAUGUUCCAUAUUAUGCAUGUAAAAAAAAUAAAAAUAAAAUAUAUGUAUAUAAUAUGUGGGGCCAAACGGGAAAUAAAUCAAAUCUGAAUAUAUACUUGUAAUUCCAAAUAAAUAAAUAUAACUCAGAUUUUGUAGUAUAUAGCCCCUGGAAACAAACAGCUAAACGUUAAAAAAAAAAAAUUACAUUUAUAUAUCUCAUGCAAUUGAUAAUUUCUUUUGGCCCACACACCCAAAAGUUUCUGGCUACGCUACAAUUUGUGAACCCUGAGUACAGAGUUGUCACUGAAUGAUCAAACGGAAGCCACCACAGCUCAUGUGCUGAGCUUCAGUGAUUUUACUGGUUAAAUGGACUUUCAGUCUUAAUUCUAAAUCAGUAUUCAACAAAUAUGUCCAGUGUGUGAGAUAGAAAGUUUAAUACUAUAUGCCAUUUCUUUCUAUAAAUAAAUGUGUUUGUGAAAUUAUCAGUA